GUAUCACACCCAACAACAUCAUCAAACAUCAUCAUCAGCAAUUAACCAUGGCAGACCUCAUCCUCAACUUCGAAACAGAACCAGCACCAGCACAACCAAAAGCUAGACACAUCCACACCACCCCAGGCAGCUGGACACACAAACACAAACAGAAGCGCAGAGCAAAACACCUCGACAGAUUGAAUGCCCAACCUAAGACGACUGCUACCACUACCACUUCAUCAACUCAAUCACAACCCCAAAACUCGAAGCGAAACCAAGAUGAAGAUCAGGGCACUGAAACCCUACCUGAAUCACGCAAGAAACCAAAGCUAGACAACGUAUCGAAACCUGCUGGGAGGCUACAGAUCAUCUCGUCUCUUUUUUCAUCUACAAUCAUACCUACCAUCAAACCCAUCUCAAAUGACGAACAAUCUUCCAUGGUGGUCUAUGCACCCUCGAAUGCCUCCCUCUCAGAAAUCCAAGUCACCUCUACCUCCCUGAAACUGCACCCUCAAAUCAGCAAGCAUCUGUCGACGAACUCCAAGGUCGGCCCAGUCAAAUCACCCACAGCUAUCCAGUCGAUUGCUUGGCCCCUGCUCUGUGCCCAGUCGAAUACAAGCACAAGAGAUGUGAUCGUCCAGAGUGAGACUGGUAGUGGAAAGACGCUUGCCUAUCUAGUACCGAUCAUCCAAGAUCUGUUGACGUUGACGAAGAAUCACCCGGAAAUCAGUUGGAGCCGAGAAAUCGGAACACUGGCCAUAAUCUUGGUACCUACGAGAGAACUAGCCGAGCAAGUCUACCACGUCGCAAUCGAUCUACUAUCAUUUGCACAGAGGUCUGGGACAAGUUCGAAAGAGGUCGAGGGUGAAGAGACACCGCCUCAAGAUGAGAAAUCGGUCGAACGUGAAACUGCUGCUGACGGCCUGAAUCCUCGUUGGUUGGUCCCUGGAACUCUACAUGGUGGAACCAACAGAACUCAUGAAAAAGCCAGACUGAGACGUGGAUUACCUCUGCUAGUGUGUACGCCUGGUAGACUGCUCGAUCACCUUGAAAAAACUGUUUCCCUUCGGAUGGCAGGAGAACCCAUCCCACCAAGCAACGAUCCAAACGCCAAGGCGAAGGUCGAUCCACGAAGUAUCGGUCACCUCAAUCUUCGCUGGCUUGUAGUCGAUGAGGCCGAUCGACUGAUGGACAUGGGCUUCGAAGAACAGAUGCGAGGGAUCCUCAAACAUCUGACUGACAGAGAAGCGAAAACCAACAACCCCAACAAAGUACCAUUAUCAUCAUCAUCAUCAUCAUCAAAUGCCAGACGGACGAUUCUAUGUAGUGCGACCAUGCCCGACGGUGUGAAGAAAUUGGUCGGGUUGAGCUUGAAUGAUCCGAUCCUUCUGAGGGCAACAGGACCCAACCCCGAAGAAGAUCAGGCUGAAGAUGGCUCGAAAGAUGCAGUUGCCAAAUCAGAAAAUACCACAUUCUCCGCUCCCACUCAACUCUCUCAGUAUUAUGUCCUCACCCCACCGAAGUUGAGAUUAGUAUCACUCAUCGCUCUGCUGCGUCGUAUUACCGAUUCCAAGCAGAAGAAACCAGCAGAAAAAGUGCUGGUCUUCAUGAGCUGUACGACCUCUGUUGACUUUCACUUCGAGGCCCUCGGAUGUGCAUCGACAGCAGAGUCGACAAAAACGACGUCAACCGAUCCUGAGAAUGAAGAAGCCGAACCCAACAAGCUGGUCAAGCAGUCCAAAUUCCUACCCGGCGUUAAGAUAUUCAAACUUCAUGGCAACUUGGAUCUUCAGACCCGACUGGCAUCCCUCAAUGCAUUCUCGACUUCGGAUACCAAAUCGCAAGGAUCGUCGAUCUUACUCUGUACAUCAUUAGCCGGAAGAGGGCUGGAUGUCCCCUUUGUUUCGCAUGUGAUCCAAUACGAUUUACCGACUGAAGGAGGGGUGACCGAGUAUCUCCAUCGGGUCGGACGGACUGCCCGAGCCGGCCAAGCUGGAGAGGCGUGGAGCUUCCUGCUUCCCAGUGAGUCCGGUUGGGUGGAUUGGUGCGAGUCGAAUCAGAACGAGUCCGUUGGUGGCCCUAAGUUGAAGGAAAUCGGCGUCGAGACGCUCUUGGAUGACGGCUUUGGUGGCCAUAAUAAAUCUCCAAAGGCGUGGGAAGUUCGUGCUACGGAUACUCAGAUGAUGAUCGAACGAUGGGUCGUUGGAAAAGAAGAGAAUUUGAAUUUAGCAUCGAUGGCUUUCAGCUCGCAUAUCCGAGCCUAUGCGACCCAUCCGUCGCAAGAGAAGCGAUUCUUCCACGUGAAGAACUUGCAUCUAGGACAUAUGGCCAAAGCGUUUGGCUUACGAGAGCCGCCGAAGAAGAUCACGAGUUUAUAUCCGCAACAGAAGACUUCCUCCAAGUCCGCCAAAGCCAUCAAUCCUCGACAACCCCCCGCUACAAAUCCGAAAAUUAGCUCGGCCAAUAAGAAACGGAAUGGGAAGGAUGCGCGUGAUAGUAGUGGGUCUGAGGAGGAAGAUGACGAGGAUGAUGAUCAGCACCCUCCUCUCACUUCUUUCAAGGCACUCAGUCAGUUCAAACAUGUCAAGAAUGGUAACACUUUGAGAGGGCCUAUCUUCAACUCGAUCGACGAGUUCAACUUGGGAUGAUUAUACAUGCUCCAUCCAUACAUCGUGACCAAGAGCUCCUUGGGUAUUUUUUUUUCUAUCCUUGAUCUAUCGCUUUGAGCACUUUUUUUGUCUUUCUUUUUUGAGGAAUUUAUAACAUGAACAACUUGUAAAGCAUUUUUAUGAGAUCAGUUAUGAUAAAUCAUAAAAAGCAUGACCACAGUUAGUUACACAUU